UUUUUGUCAGAGAAUAUUUAUCUGGUGUCCACGUGAUGUAAUGCGAGAUGCAUCCAAAGCAAGUUUCUAUCUUCCAAAAACGAAAGUAAAUGCAUCGACUGUGAGCCCUGAACAACGACUUCAUCACAGCUACAAUUUAUGUCUACAAAUGAAGAAUCAUGGGCCUGAUCUUAAAGAUACUUCUUUACUGGUUUAUUUUUUCAGGCGUGCAGUGUGUCCAUCAGCUGUCGUGGCUGCCCUGUCAGUUCAUCGAUGAAAAUGUGUGGGUGAAUGUGGAAAACCACACUGAGACUCAUCACAUCCACCGAAAGGCGAUGCUGCAGUUUGGUCAAAGAGGAGAUGCUCCUGUUGAUCCGUAUGCUGUGACGUUCUUGGUCAUCGGAUCCCGGCUGGACUUGCACAGGUAUGUGGAGGGGGUAGAGAUGGAGCAACUGGAGUGCGAGGUGCGGAGGUACAGCACACAGGGCAUCGAAGAGCGCUGGCCAAGCCAGGGGGCGCAGGAGUACAACAACUGGUUUAGCUGUAGUCUCAGGCACACCAAAGGCCAGUUUGUUGUCAUGGGCUUCCUCAGACACGUGUCAACCCAGCCCCCCUUGGCUCAGCUGGAUUAUCUCAGCUGGCCUGCUAUUGGGGACAGAGACAUACUCACCACAACUGUUGCCUUGGUCCUGCAAACAGAAACUCCAACAGUAAAAACUCGCCUAGCAUCCAAACAGAACCUCCACUGCCACUUUGCUGUUGACCACAAAGGAGCGGCCGUCACUGUAGAAUGGUACCAACAACGUCACGGAGAGAGAACAAAACUUUUCAGCUACGCCAGUCGCUCAGGAGACACGCAAGGGACUGGAGUCAGGCUAAAGGGCAUUGCAGACGGGAAUGCCUCCUUUAUGCUCCCUUCUAUUAAGAUGAGCGACGAAGGAACAUACAUUUGUUCGGUGUCUGUGAUUCCACUGUUUGCACAUCAGGAUGUCACGCUGAGUAUUCAAGAGCCUCCUCGCGUCUCCCUCAGUGUUGCACCCACCCUGACGCUGCAGGAAGGCGAGGAGCAGAAGGCGGUUUGCUUGGCAGAGGGCUACUAUCCUCUUGAUGUGGAGAUAGAGUGGUUCAAGGAGGACCCAGCAGGAUCAGGCCAGAGGGUAGGAGCUACUCUUCCCAAGAAGCUCGAGAAUGUUCUUCUGUCCAGCCACAAACAUAACCAGGACAAGACGUUGUCGGUGUCUGCUUUCAUCUACCUCAAGGCUUCACUCGCGGACUCUGGGAAGAAAUAUAUCUGCGCUGUAUCUCAUCGGUCCCUCAGAAUGCCCAUCAAAAAGAGCUUCAUCCUGAUUGUUGAAGAGCCCACUGCCUGGAUGUAUUACCUCACUGGUGGCUUUGUUGUGGUCACGGCGUUUGUCAUUUUGUUUAGAAUGCUCUCCUACCUGCACUCAGUACAUAAAGAAUCUAAAAAGAGAAAACCAUACUGAGUGAGAAGAACUGGAUCCUCCUAAUGAUCUGAGGAGACCCCUUUGGAACAUCAUGAUGGCAAAUUGGACCAUUUGAGGAGUUUGACUUGCUUGCUUGGAGGAGGACAAGAUAAGAAGAGGAUCUGCACUUGUGGAGUUGAUUGGCUGAUCUAUUGAUAUGUGUGGGCUUGAGGUGCUGUGGAUUGACUUGUCACCACUCUGUGGAUGAAUUAUGGGGCAUGCAGAUGAGUGUCUGUCUGGAAAAACUGGGGAAGGUGAGACAUGAGACACGCUACAUCAUGUCUUGUUGCAGUGACACUGCAGUGAAAUGUCUGUAGGCUACACUGGAACUUUUGAACUCCAAAAUCUGCUUGCAUGAUAUUGCCAUAUCUUGUGGGGGUGCCAGAGAUGCAUCAGGGUUGGGGUGAGAAAUGGGAAAUGCCAUGUUUCAUUGAUUGAUCUGUCAUCAGUCCAAUGCCUGUCUCUCUGAUUGCAGUCCAUUUUACUGGGACACUUAUCAUCACCUCCUGGUUUGUCUUUACAAUCUUGUGAAUACUAAACUAUAUGGUUGCUUAGCUGUAAUAUCUCCGUCACUACAUGUUCUGACAGUUGUUUGUUGUGCUUUUGUUUUAUUUUGUUAGUGUGGCCAAAGCAGAUGGUCACCUCAAUAAAUCUGGUCUUCUUGAAAUUUCUUCUAAUCAAAAAACAUUGAAGUUUUUCUUCCCACUGUCAGCACUGCGUUUACUCAUGGGGGUUGUUGAAGCUUAUUUUUUGCUGGGAUUUGGUACUGGAUAAAUAAGCUGAAUUGAAUUCCAACAGGUGAUCUUUGUCUUUCUGCUAAUUCAUUUUUCAUUUCAAAAUGUCUCAUGUUGUUUCAGUGGUCUGGGUAGGUGUGGCAAUGGAGGUACGUUUUGAAUAGAAGUUGCUUUAAUUUUUUUUGUGAUGCAAAUAAACUGCUGUCCUGAGUCAAGAGUAAUCACACAGACCCCACCAGCUCCUGAUGAAUCUAUAAGCAUUCUAGUAUGUAAUUAUGUAAAAAUUGGUCAUGAUUCAAUAAAAGGUUGUUGAAUUGUAAUAAAAUAUGGUAAUAAAUUAUUUGAGAAUGUAAUAAAUAAUGCUUUAUUCAAGCA